AGUUGUCAUAUAGAAAAUAUACUGUUAAAACUAGAAUCUACAAUAAAAAAAAAUGAAAAUCAUCUCCAGUUACAUAAAUGUAUUAGAAAAUGAAAAACAUGUAAUAUAUUGAAUUCUAUAUUCUGAUUCUAUUUUUGUUCAUUCCCUUCGUCGAGAACUUGGCUUGAUUCACAUUUGUUUUCCACAGUUGAAGUAAUGCCUUCAGCUGGCUCAGUCUUGUCAUCGUCAGGGGUCGAGCUAAAAGAAUCCGGACAGUCAGUUAGAAAAUUAGCGAGAAAUGUUAGUGAUUUAGCAGACAGAGUGGGGUUAUCCGCUAAUGAUCGAUGGCCAUUUCUUCGCGACCCGGGAAAUGUCGUAUCAAACAAACGGAAAAGGUUGCGUAUCCCAAAAACUAAAGUUGAACAUGUAAUUGUACUACAUUGUUAAAUUUUGAAGCUUAUGAAAAAUUGACAAAAAGUUUGAUGUUUGAGGUUUAAGAUUAUAUGGUUGAUUAAUGCAUAUUAAGGAACUAAGCUUUAAAGUUAAGGUUUUUGAGACAAUGUUUACAUAAUGUGCUCUGUGAUUGCUAUUCAUUGUGUAGGAUAACUUGGUGAGAUUACAAACUAUAUCUGCUGACUAUCUUAAAUAAUAAUAAAGCGAUUUUCUUAGUAUUUGUAAACUUUUAUUUAAUAAUUCGUAUAAGAAAACUAGAUGGUGUCUCAUGUCUGCAUUAGUUGGUUUCAUUUUAAGCAGGCCCUGCGGUAGCGUGAGAGGGUUUAAGACUUUAAGUGCUCUACUGGUAACUUCCACUUAAACCAUGUAGCAGUUGGUCAUCUUUCAACUUCUUGUUUUCCAGUCAUUUCAUGCUCAUUAAUAAUCAACGCUACAAAUGUCAAAGAAAAAUUGUGUAGAUCUUAUCCUUCACUAGUCAUAGAGUCACUCUAGUCAGUUUCCUAUUAAGAACUAAUUGUUUGUGAUGCAUGGAUGAUAGUGAUACGCGCACAAGACUCCAAAGGCCAAUCCACCAACAUUUUCAUAUGCUUAACUGCAACUUGUGAGUUAAAUAAUUUUAUUGGGUUUGAUAGUGAAACCUGCACAAGGUUCCAAAGGUCAACCCACCAACAUUUUCAUAUACUUUAAGUGCAACUUCUGAUCUAAAUAGUUUUAUUACUGACAAUUUCAGAUCACUGAUGGGUGUCUCUUGGCAGUUAGAAUGACCUGGAAAUGCAGGAAAAUGAUUAAAAAGCAAUGGAUGACAUGAUCUUCAAUAGCCCAUUUCAAGGGCUAAUACAUACACGAAGAGAAUAAGCGAAAGUGAUUAAAUGGUUUAUACUUUAAAGUCUCGGAAGCGACUUACCCUAGAGUGUCUUUUAAGGACAUCUAUAUAUGUUUCUAGCGUGUCAAUGAAAUUAUUUUGUACAUUAGUAAAUAGACAUUGACUGGCCAGAUGAUUAAUACUAUUUCUGGGAUUACUCUAUAUUCAGAUAUAUUGUCUUCAAGAAGGUUAUAUAUCCUUGGUAGUAAACUCAGCUCUACUCGAUAGUACUUGUUCUGCAGUUGCCGACUAGGCGGUCUGCCUAGGUGGAGUUAGAGCUUAUUGUAGUCCCUUGAUACCCAAAUUGACAUUUCAAUUGUUGCUUGGAUGUCAAGUUGUGAUUUAUUAUUGAUUCUCAUUUCGGUCAAAUUCUUAUGUAGCCUGAGUUUGUAUGGAUCUUGCUCGUAUAGCAUCUGUUCCGGAACAUGCUCUUAUAAAUUCGGGUCCCUAUAUACCCACAGUAUGGUUCUCUCUUACAACAAGACAUUGGUGGAUAGCUAGUGAGCUUGGAAUUGGAAGGUUACACCAUGGCAACAGGAUUAGCCAUAACAAAUGAAAGGGGUCAAAACAAUAGCAAGCUGACCUCCUUUGUUUUACUAUCUUGUGUGAUGGCUGCUAUGGGAGGAGUCCUUUUUGGCUAUGAUAUUGGAAUAUCAGGUGGAGUGACAUCAAUGGACUCAUUCUUGAAGAAAUUCUUCCCGGAUGUAUACAAAAAAAUGAAAGAAGACACAACAAUUAGCAACUACUGCAAGUUUGAUAGUCAACUAUUGACCUCCUUCACAUCCUCAUUAUAUCUUGCAGGCCUUAUUGCUACCUUCUUUGCCUCAUUAGUCACUACAACAUAUGGGCGCAAGCCAUCAAUUCUUUCAGGUGGUAUUGCUUUUCUUGCCGGAUCAGCCAUCGGUAGUGCAGCAAUUAAUGUGUACAUGUUGAUACUUGGCCGUAUCUUGCUUGGAGUUGGCGUCGGUUUUGCGAACCAGUCGGUUCCACUUUAUCUCUCUGAAAUGGCACCACCAAGAAACAGAGGGGCAAUUAACAAUGGCUUCCAAUUUAGUGUUAGCAUUGGGAUAUUAUCUGCAAACCUUAUAAACUAUGGAACUGAAAAGAUAAGCGGUUGGGGUUGGCGAAUUUCCCUAGCAGUAGCAGCCGUUCCAGCUGCAAUCCUAACAUUAGGUGCACUCUUCCUCCCGGAAACACCCAAUAGCCUGAUUCAGCGAACAAAUGAUCAUGAAAAAGCCAAACGUAUGCUACAGCGUGUGAGAGGCACCAAUGAUGUUCAAGCAGAACUUGACGAUCUCAUCAAAGCUAGCAUGAUCUCUAAAACUGUUGAGCACCUGUUUAAGAAUAUUAUGCAAAGAAAGUAUAGGCCUCAACUAGUAAUGGCAAUAGCCAUACCAUUUUUUCAGCAAGUAACAGGAAUCAAUAUCAUUGGCUUUUAUGCUCCGUUACUUUUUAGGACAAUAGGAUUGGGCGAAAACGCAUCCCUCCUAUCUUCCAUUGUGACAGGGGUUGUGGGUAGUGCAGCAACAUUGAUAUCCAUGCUUAUAGUAGAUAAACUUGGCAGAAGAGCAUUGCUCAUAUUUGGAGGUAUACAGAUGUUUGUGGCACAAGUAAUAGUUGGGAGUAUUAUGGCAGCUGAGUUAGGGGAUCAGGGGGGUAUGAGCAAAGCAUAUGCUUAUAUAGUUUUGACUCUAAUCUGUAUUUACAUAGCUGGAUUCUCAUGCUCAUGGGGGCCUCUCGGAUGGCUUGUCCCUAGCGAGAUUUUCCCAUUAGAAAUUCGAUCAGCAGGCCAGAGUAUCGUUGUGGCAGUAAGCUUUUUGUUCACUUUCGUAGUUGGGCAAACCCUUCUGGCUAUCCUUUGCCACUUCAAAUCUGGAAUUUUCUUCUUUUUUGGAGGAUGGGUUGUAGUGAUGACUGCCUUUGUAUACUACUUGUUGCCAGAGACGAAGAAUCUGCCAAUUGAGAAAAUGGAUGUCGUGUGGAGGAAGCAUUGGUUUUGGAAGAAAAUUGUAGAGGAAGAAACUGUAGAGGAAAGUAAUAAAGUGGAAGUAGCAUAAAAAAAAUGGCCGUAAAUCUGACAAACGUCCGUGCCUUUUUAUGACUCCAGUUGCUGAUUGAAAAUUCCAUCAAUAUGGACGCCGGAAUUUAUCCUACCAUGCUUUUCAUUUUUGGAUUGGUCGUAAGAUCUCGAUGAGUCAAGUUAAUAAAUUUUUUUGAAAUUUUCUGAUUACGUAAUAAUAUGUGUUGCACAAAUACAGCCGAGUUGGCUUCGUCUA